CCGGGGUUUACACCACAGCUGUCUGUGGGCCCUAAAUUGAAAACUAAAACACAUUAACUGUUGAAAUAACAAAAUGAGCCUAUCUGAAACUCGCACAGUUCCGAGAAAACAUAAAGCAAACAAAGUUGUUCAGCGACAGCGGGCUUAUGACCACCUUUACGGUAAGUAAACGUACCAAAGGUUGGAAUAUUUGACGGCUUUAGCUUAGCAUUAGCAUAUUUGGCUGCGUCUAACUUCAUUGUUUGCUACAGAUCCAGUUUACACCGUUUCAUCCGAGGUAGAUCAUGCCAGGGCCAACCUGAGGGCCCAUGCCUCGAAGGAUCGGAUUGUAAGUAGAGUCCAGUAGCCUCUAGCAGGUUUUUCAGCUGUCUGAGGGUUAACCGGUCGUAGGAGUGUUUAAAAGAGGUCGUGUAGUCCAGCACGGUCUUGGUUUCGUUGAUGACUUUAACUUUAAUUCAUCAGGUCACAUUGUUUUGCCUUAUUUCUUCUUCUUCUUCCUUUUUUAUUUCCUCUCUUUAAUCUGAGCUGCCUCAACAGCCCCACCUGCUGGAUUACCUGAUACCUGAACAAACAAUGUAAUCCUAACUACUGUAAACAAUGUUUAUGUGAGAAUAUAAAUAAAAAUAAGUCAAUAAAUAAAAACUUUAGCACUAAAUUACCAUGCAUUAAAGGGAUAUUCUGGCGUAAAAUUAAUUUAGGGUCAAACACACUGUAACACAGAGUUAGACACCCUCGAGAGAUGAAUGUUGCCGACCGCUUGCUUCUCUGGUUUUACCAACUUUAGUAACGACCACACGAUAGCAAUACACAGCGGUCUGAGGAGCCAUAGAUAAACCUGAACCAAAACGCCACUCUAUGGCCACAAAUAAUGUUCAGAACAGCAUCUAACUUCAUCAACAGUACAUAUAGGGCCCCAGCCAUAGUACUAGACACCAAACAUCUUUAAAGUUUGCCUGAUUUCUUUCGCAAAGAGACCAAACACAACUCACUCACUCUCCUCCAGCAGCUGCUUGUUUGUAACGAGAUCUCAGGCCAGUCCAUUACGGACUGCAGCGGAGUGACGCAGCCCAAGGAAGAACAUUUAUGAUCAUUUCUUCAUGGAAAUUCAAUCAGACCAAGACGCUAAGGCAGAAGAACUACCAUUUCUGCAGUGCAAAAUGAUUAAUAUGAUGAUUAUUGCUUUAAGGAAAGGAUAAAGAAAUGAUCAUAUAUGUUCUUCUGUGAGCUGCGUCACUCUGCUGUAGUCCGUGAUAGACUGGCCCGAGGUCUCGCUACAAACAAGCAGCUGCUGGAAGAGAGUAGGUGAGCUGGGUUUGUGUCUUUGCUAAAAGAAUCAGGCAAAGUUAAAAAGAUGUUUGGUGGCUAGUGCUGUGGCUGGGACCCUAUAUGUACUUCAUCUUUCAACGGGGUGUCUAACUCGGUGUUACGGUGUGUUUAACCCUAAAUUAAUUUUACGCCGGAAUAUCCCUUUAACUAAGUCACUAGACUUGGUGACUCUUCCAGACUAUAUUAGGUCACUCUGUAUUUUUAUUGCCAUUGAUUUACAUAUGUUUUGGUUAAGUCUAUGAAGCUCAAAAGGUAUGAAGGCUAUUUCUAAAAAGUUGGGGUUUUAUUGGCUGUUAUAGUUUAAAGAAACGUCAUCUAUAAAUCUGUUUCAUAGCUGAUAUGUUCACUUUCAAUGGCAUGUAAUUCCACUUUACCAAAAGAAAAAGUUAGGACAAACCAUGAAACAUAACCUCAGCUGUCAGCCAGUCACAGAACAAAUGAAGCAUAGGGAGGGGAAACUGCAUUAAGUAUUUCUUCCUGUCUUUAUCAGAGACAAGUGCCUGUAUUUGAGUCUAUGUUCAGUACUCUGCCUCACCACCCGAGCUAUACUCUUCAACUGGACGCUUCAGACCCCGUACCACCAACUAUUGAGCGUCGCUGGCAGGGCCACGCAGAGCAGCGCAAGGCAGCACUGCAGCAGCUGGCUGGGUAACAUUAACACACAGAACUUUCAUAACCAUCAAGAGAUCAAUAGUGCUAUUCCCUCAAUGUUCAGACUAAUAUUUUUGACAAAUGUAAACCCCGCUUAUGGAAAUUGUUGCCGUAGUUCUUGAUCACUCUCUCAACAGGGUUAUUCCAAAUGACAAAUUGCGGUUGCAGAGGGAGGAUUGUCAUGUCACUGGAGCGGACCGCUGGAAAUUUUUCAAACGGUUUGUUUUGCAAGCCUACAUUCUUGUGAAACUAUAGAUGCAUUGUCAAAAUUAGGUGGGUGGGAUGAAUGUCUGAAUGCAAACAACUAAAUUUCUCAUCUCACCUCUAUUAGGAUUUUUUUGCCCCGUAAGACUCAUAGCAGAAUUUCUACUAGGGAUCAGGGUGAGAUGAUGUAUAACCACAGCAAAGAAAAUUCACAGUGAGCAAGUGGGCAGACAGGAUGACAUUUAUCACAUGGAACAUUUUAUUUCAUAUAGUAAAGCUGCUUUAUCUCAUUAAAGUUGGGAUAUAGUCCCACAAACUUUUCUAUAAAGCUGUUUCCCCCGUUUUAUUCUUUACCCUAUCCUAUACCUAGCCUUUUUGUCUCCAAUUUGAUCCAGAUCAAGUCUUUGAUUUGCUUUUUUCUUUUGUUCCAUUUAGUCCUCUGAUUCCAUACUUACAACAAGCUCCCUCAAAUAUUAUUUUCACUUUACCAACGUAAGUUCAACAGCCCAUAUUUAUUUUCUUUAUCAUUUCUGAUGUGUCAUUUUGCUGUUGUGCUGUCAGAUGUUUAUUUUUCAUCUUCACAGAGAUGAUUUUGAACCUAUCUGUGGAAGAAAAGCAGAGCAAGGGCCCACUCACUUUACUGUGGGUGUCCAGACCGACUACAGGGAGAGUGAAACACAGACAGACCCUUACAGCCCUGACUAUGUGGUACAACCAGGGACAACUCCCUCAGAGCUUCUGCAAAUGGCAACUUUGUUGUGGGGUACGUGACAAACUAAUAAAGGCUUCAACUGGAGGUGACAAUAGUGUAUUGUUUUCGUGGAAAAUCCAUACAUCACCACUCUUUCUACUGGUGCAGCCUGUACAACGCCGAUCAGUGUUAACCACUGAAAUCUUUGAUGACUGCUCCCCCAGGUCGAGGUCUGCCUGCAGGCCAAGCAGAAGUGGAAAUGAUACAACGGGCCCGCGCUAGACUAGCUUGGGAGGCCACUCUUCCUCCAAUGGAUGACCUCAGCCAGCUAGACAAAAGAAGACGCAUGAUGGAAGAGAUGGAUGCUAAAGAGUGGGCUUUCAGAGAAGGAGAAAUCAAGAAGUGAGUGGUGGUGCACCUCAGCCUCUUUUCUCUCCACUUAUGGCCCAGCUAGCGACUUCAUAAAUACAGAACAAAGCCACACACUUACUCAAAGUUUGUUGGUGUAGUGGUUUGAGCCACCUGGAAGUACGUCUUGAGUUAGUCACAUUACUUUUGGAGCCUACUACAAUGACAACUACAUACCAUGAAGUCCCAGAACUUGUGCAGUAGCAUACAUUGUGUAUCGGAUAAUAAUAAAUUUAACAUUAAGAGGGUUUAAAGAGGCAUGAUUAAUCAAGUUUUUUAUCUUCAAUAUACAUCACAUGGUUACUUCUACAUGGGCUGUCCUUUAGUAAACAUUGGUAAAGACUGAGACAUCGUUUUGAACAGGUUUAUUUCUACAAUUGUUGAGUCACCUUCUGUUCCCUAAAUCAUACAAUACUUUGUCUUACUAAAGAUAAUGUGUUCAACAUAUUCAAUUCUGAGCUUGCUUAGCAGUCUUGCAGAGGCUGUGCCUGAAUGUUACUGCUCCUAUCAUCUUGCAACACUUGCCCUUCCACUGUCACUCACGUUAGAUGAGAUGGGUCAAAUCUGUCCCAUCUUAAGGUUGGGUCUUGAUAAUUCAUCAAACAAUGAGCGUGGUCCAGAUCUGCUUUUUUGGGGGGGAAAUCGUCUUGUAAUAACAACUGUUGUGAUUUGGCGCUAUUAAACAAAAUUUGAUUGAUUGAUUGAUUGAUUGAUUGAUUGAUUGAUUGAUUGAUUGAUUGAUUGAUUGAUUGAUUGCUGCUGAUGCUCUCUGUUCUCUUUAUUUUCCAGGUUGCAGGAGGCUCGUCUCGCCGUGCUGAAGGACCUUGUAAAGCAGAGGGAUGAAAACCAGAAUAAAGUUACAAGCGAGAGAAUAGAUCAGAUCCAUUCCAGGCUCCUAAAAAACAAGGAUACCAGGCUGAACAAGAUAAACAAUGACUACCUUAGGUGUAAGAAAGUUACAGCCUCUUAUCUAACAUUGUAUUUAGACUGUGAGGGUGCUCUUAAAGGUUUUGUUCACUUGUCCAAAAUGUUCUUGUUUUUGUCGAUGAUGUUGUGUCUGUAGCGCUUCACAAAUUAGAAACAAGGAGAAGAAAUCUGCGUGAGCGUCAAGAGGGAUGUGUAACUUCGAAAAGGUCUUCAAGUUCUCAGAUGAAUGCAUUUCAUACCUCCAGGGACACCAGCAAAAAGGAGUUCAAAAGUCACUACCUGGACACUUAUGAAGGUCUAGAUUUAAAUACAAGAAGAAUGUAGCAUUCAGGUCCAUGAUGACUCUCUUUGUUAGUAGAGUAAUACCAAACUUUACUGUUUGUAGGUUUGCAAAAGCUAGAAGCAGGACUCGCUGCUUCAACUCUCAAGCCACAGGUGAUAAAACCGAAACCGCGAGAGAAACUCAGGAAGGACGUGGUCAAACCCCCAGUGAGCAGAGAAGAACAACUGAUGCUGAAAUACAAGGUUAAUCAGAACGAAAAAGUUCUUCAAGAAUACAAAUCAAGUUGGAGAUUCACAUUACUUACCUGUAGUUGCUCCAUAGGCGCUGAAAGAGGAGGAGGAGCAAGCACAAAAGCCCCUGCGGGUUUUAGUAAAGAAGGAGAAGCCUGUUCCCCGCCCCCCCACUCCUAAAGUGGAGGAGCCACCAGAGGUCAGCAAAUGGUCUUUGAAACAAACAGACCCUUGCACUUGAUCAGCCUGUUUGAGAUGUUCAAUAAUUCAUUUUUCUUACUAGGGAGAUGAAAACACGGAGCUUGGAGUCAUCCAAUUGCAGAAACUACUGAGAGGAAGAAGUGUCCAGUAUCAGGUCUGAGCCUGCCUAAGCAUGUGUGUUUUUGUGUACAUUUACAGUAUGUGUGUUAUUCUGCUUGUUGUUGGGUUUUUAUGACUUCAGGCAGAGCAUGUGCUUCAGUAAUAAGUAAAUCAAUGAAUUUAAGUGCAUGUGUCUCUGCAGAUGUUUUCAGGCAAAGAGAACCAUCUCAAUCUCAUCCAGGAACUCAGAACUGUCCACGCUCUCCAGGCAGAGGAACAAAGAUUACAGAAAGCUGACAAAGAGAUGUUACUGACCCAGAAAAAACAAAGGGACCAACUGAGAAAGAAGGUGAAACACACUGACACAAACUUAUAAACUUAUGAGCAACAAAAAAAUCUCAUUCCCCUCUCACUCUUUCCUCCCAGAGAUCUCAAGAGUUGGCGUUUCAGGCCUCAGCGGUGGGUGCAGAGCUUGAACACCUGUUCAGCACCUUGUCCAAGGAUCUGAUUCAUCUCCAGGAGGAGCGCAGGAUCCAUGCCUUCACACUAAUGGCUGAGAGAGACCGUCGUCUAAGAGAGGCGGAGGAGAGUGGGAGGAGACAGGUGGAGGAGCGCAGACGCAGGGAAGAAGAUGAGAUCUUCAGACAAGUGUGUACAUUUACAGGUUUUAGUUUUAAGUCAGCCAAGAACGUGGUCAUCAGAAUGUUGGGUGUUUGAUUUAUAAGCCUGUUCUUUCUACUGUACCACAGGUGGUGGAGGUGCACCAAGAGACUCUGGAUUUGUACUUGGAGGACAUCAUCUUACAGACCUUGGAGCAGACAGCUGACCAGCAGGCCAGGGGGGAGAUCCACAGGAAGGCAAAGGAGGUCAAUGACAUCGCUUAUGCCAUGGAGGAAAGGUAACACACCACUCGGCAUGCCUGUGACUUCUUGUCAGAGUGAAAUUUAGGACAAAGGGCGAUAAACCAAUGUCGAUGUUUGUUUUUGUUAGUGGCAUUAACAGUCUGCAGUCUGAGGAGAUUGUGUCAGAGUUGGUGCACAGUUUCCUUAUCCCUGAAAUCGAGAAGAUCAAUGUGAGACAAAGAGGUUUGGGAGAUUUUCCUUUUUUCCUCUGAAAUCAACACAUUAUCUGUCAAUAACAAUAGAGUAGGCAGCAUUUAUUUCCAGAAUCAUUGAUAAUGCUCUUACUAAAUUGUUGAAUUUUAAAAGAUUGUGCUUUUUUCCUCUCCUUAAGUGCACCAGAGGCAGCUUAGACAUUUGAAGGCAGCUCGGAGUAUCAUCCAGGGAACUGCAGAGCAUUCUGGGUUCCUCCCUAGCAUUCAGGGAGCAUCAGCGGUGACCUGUCUUUCUGAAAAGGCCGCAAACCAAGUCUUUGAAGAGACGAUCCACCAAGAAGAACAGGAGCAGAGAAAGGACGGGAAGUAACACCGCACUCCAACUUCAGAGGAAAUACGAAUGUAAAAGUGUCUUAGAUACGAUCUAACUGUGCGAUGGUUUUAUUUCAGCCUGGUCAAAAUAGAAGCUCCUUUUUCACUCGAAUGAUGAUCUGCACUGUUUUUCAGAGUGGUACUAAGCUUUUUUCAUAUUUUACAAACAAACGUUGAGUAAGUGUGUGAGUGUUACUGUGUCAGUUUCAAAUACGAGGUAAUGUAAUCCCACAUGCUGUUUUGAAAGCUCAGAAGUCACAUGAGAUUUUUUACAAGAGACACAA